AUGGCCCUUGUUGAUACCCAUCAUCAUUUUGUCCCCGACUUCUAUGCUCAAGCGGUCGAGGAGGCCGGAGGGGACCCAUCUGGCUGGCCAACCCCUUCUUGGUCACUCGAGGGCUCGAUUGCGUUCAACGAAAGAGUCGGCACUACCAAAACAAUAUUGUCAUUGACAGCUCCUGGAGCUAUCAUAGCCCCGACUGACGAGAAAAGAAGGGCAUUGGCACGCAAAUCCAACGAAUUCGCCGCCGCAAAGCGUGAUGAGGAACCGGACAGAUGGGGAUUUUUCGCCGCCUUACCAUGUCUUCUUGAUACCGAGGGCGCCUUGACCGAGAUAAUAUACUCUCUUGAAGUGUUGAAAGCUGAUGGUGUCACACUUUUCACAAGAUAUGGUGCUGGCAAUCAGUAUCUGGGCGAUGCAGCCUUCAAGCCUAUCUGGGAAGAGUUAGAUUCGAGGAAGGCAGUCGUCUUUAUUCACCCUACGCAUGCCGCCGAUACAACGCGUGUCAAUCCCCUUUUACCACAACCAGCCAUUGACUAUCCCCACGAGACCACGAGAACGGCCGUUGACAUGAUCAUCACCAACACCAAAAGAACAUACUCGUCCUGUAAAGUGAUUCUCUCUCAUGCUGGAGGUACUCUCCCAUUCUUGAUUACUCGGAUAAGCACCGUGUCCAGGGAAGCGGCUCCCACGGCCCGUAUAUAUGGAAAGACUUCAGAGGAGAUAAUGGAGGAUUUCCGAUCGUUCUACUUCGACUUCGCUCUUUCAAGUUCAGAGGCUGUACUUAGAUUGGUACUCGACGUUAUUCCUCACGAUAGACUUCUUUACGGUUCUGAUUAUCCAUAUGCAUCUCCCGACAAAUCACUUGGUUUCAAGCAAAUUCUGGACGACUUCCCUCUGGAACAGGAGCUUCGGGACAAGAUUUACUUUAAGAAUGCAAUAGACCUUUUAGGCUAG